AUGCAUCUCGGCUCUUCGGCAGCGACUCUCGCCUUUGACCUCCACUCAUCAGCGUGCUCUGCAGCUGCAGAGACGGCGCAAUGCAACAACAUCGUAUUGCAAGUUGCACGCAUGGACCUUGUUGCGGCGAUGAGGCCAGGCUUGAUUGACCUGCUGCUUUGCCACCCGCCCUACGUGCCGACGAGCGCAGUGGAGCUGGAGACGGCGCGCGCCUCGUCGGGCGAAGCCAAGGCGAGCGUCGAGGCUGCGAAGGUCACAUGGGCCGGCGGCCCGGGCGGCACACGUAUGCUGGGUGCGCUGUGCGAUGCGCUGCCACGUGUGCUGUCACCCGACGGCUUCGCGCUUGUCCUCUGGUUUGAGAGAGAGUUGAGCAGUGACGCCUUUGGGCUCGAGGCCCUCGGGCUGUGCAGCACCCUCCUCGGCGAGCGCCAUGCCAACGGAGAGACCUUUUGCAUCCUGCGCAUCGAGCGCGCGAGCAGCGCCUCCUCUCCGGGUGCGAGGCGUGAGGCGGCAGGGUGA